AUGGUCUAUAUCUUGCUUCUUAUACAGAUAGCAAGCAUGCACAGGCCGCUUGUGAGAGCUAGCCUUUCUCUGCACGGGGUGGCAAUAAACAGCUUUAUGCCAAUUAGGAACAGGAUCCAAAUUACCGUAUUUAUACCUACAGAGGUCGAAGAAAUGUACAAGCAUAUAGGAAUAGAAAUAAUAACGAAAGUGGCUUUAAUAUUUAAAAUAGUUGAAAAGGGAAUCAACAAAAAGCUCAAAGACAUGAAAAGCGAAAAGUUUUUCCAUCUAGAGCCGAGCUUUAGAGAGCCAAGCUUAGACGCAAAGCUGAAAGUAUGCCCAGAAACCAUCCCGCAGAUGUCAAUGUUUAUGUCUGAAGUGUAUGAGAUUUCUGGCGGCGCCCAUUCAUUUAUCUAUAUUACGCCGUGCCCUCUGCCUUUGCUGAGAAAAAAAAUAGCCAGCCUAAGGCAAGAAGACUUCUACAUGACACAGGCUAUUAAUGGCACGCACAGGACAAUGAAUGUUGUGUCAGCCGAGUUGGACCCCAGGCAUUUGAUAAAAUGCAUGUCCAGAGCAAUUCUAAAAGCUUGCGACUUGAAAAACAUAGAGCCUCUUACUUUGCUAUCUUCUAUAGAUGAAUUCCACGGAGUAUCCUUUGGGGUAGACGUGCAAAAGGAAACAAUCCAGGAGUUACUUUAUAAGGAAUAUGUAGAGAUCUAA